ACUGAAUAUGUCUGCGUGUUUAAAAUGUACAGCGUGUCUCUAUUAAAGGGGCGAAGCAAACUGCUCACUGUGUUCACGCAAUUCUUUUGACGUAUUUCCUUUUGAACACAAGGGGGAGCCCUCCCUCCGUGACAUGGUGUGGGCUGAAUUCCACCCCACAGCAUAAAAUUCACAAGGAAACAAGCACGUGGAUGUGGAUGAUAAAUAACGGAAUACAUUUGAUGAGAAAGUGUGGGUGACAUGGUGAAUAAAUGUAAUCAUGAUGGAGCAAAUUAAAACAACACACAAGUCCAUGAAUAUUUUUCCAUCACUGCCAGAUGAAGCCAGGAUGAUUGAUGCAUUUCCAUUUUAAAUCAAUGAUUUAAUGAUCUGAAUUGUGUUUUCAGGGGGAAAAAAAAAAUCAGUGAAAAUCACUGCAGCCCGAAGCCUUUUGGUCUGGAUUACACCACAUCACAUCACAUCACAUCAUGGAGCCCAGGAUCAAGUGGAAACACAAUGCAGUCCCAGGGCAGCACUUCCUCUCAGCCCUCCUUCGAUUCCCUGAGCUCCGGCGACAGCCUCCUGCUCAGUGACUCGGAGCAGGUGGAGGAAGACACCGACGUCUUCCUGACGGACAGCUCGUCCGCCUCGGGUGGGGCCGCUGCCAACAGAGACGGGGGAUCUGAAAGUCCCGGGUCCCAGUGGACGUGUGACGGCUUCACAGAUAAAGAGGAAGAGGAGGAGUCAUACAGGCUGGAGAGUGCCGGCAAAGCGGCCAACAUCAGCUUGGACAAAACGGAUCCCGCAGUCCAGAUCCCGAAAUCAGAGGGAGAUGUGCUAUUUGCUCAAAAGUGUGCUGAGCUACAGGGUUUUGUCAGGCCUCUGCUGGAGCUGCUGAAUGGACUGAAGAAGGGUCGAUUUGACCGAGGUUUGAGCAGUUUCCAGCAGAGCGUUGCCAUGGAUCGAAUCCAGAGGAUUGUGGGGGUUUUACAGAGACCCAGCAAUGGGGAAAAGUACCUGAACACUCUGCUGCAGGUGGAGAUGAUGCUGAAGCUGUGGUUUCCUCAGAUCACCACUCAGCCCGGCUCCGCAGCCUCCAGCGUUGCCGCGUCCCCCGCCCACUUCCCCCGAGACACGUCCAGCUCCACCCCGCCACACAAGCACCGGGACCAGCUACAUAUUCCUGUCAAGAAGCGUAGGCUCAGCUGGACAGGUACAGACACUCCCUCGCCCUCCCCGGGGGUUCCCAGGUGUCCUGGUAUCAGAGCAGAAGUAAAGAGAGUGAAGAAAGAUCCAGAUGAGAAGGUUGAUGCUCCUCCUCCUUCCCCUCCAUCACUGGCAUGUGAUGCGGAUCACAAUCUUCCAGAUGUUGCCGGUAACAGCCAGCAGACUGAGGACACAAAAGGAAAAGACAGUGACAGUGAAGAACCAGGCAAGCUAACAAACUACAGAGCAGGUCAAAGCUCUGAGCCCAGCCUGACGUGGGUUCACGUUGCGCCCAUCCUGUCCCCACGAAAAGCCUGCCCUUCACUCGAGGGGUUGCCGGCGGCAGGUAACGCUGACAACCAGCCUGUCGCUCCCGUCCCCCCACCGAGCAGGAGGGGCAGCCCCGCUACGCAAGACAGCGCGGUCUCGUCAACAACACCCGCCAAGCAUCCCACAAAUCUGAAGAAAUCCAUCCGGUGCCAAAGCCAGCCUGUUGCUGGACAACAGAGUGAGAGCAAGACCGUCGUGGUCCGUGAGGGUCAAAGCCCGUCUCCUCCUGUCACGCCGAAGCCUUUGCCCAGGGUUUGCCCCGCCCCUUUAGAGACCUGAUGCAUCGAAGGAGCGAAGAGCCGGCAGCCUGGCUUUGAUACACCACCGAGCUAAACGCUGCUGUGAGAGGAAGAAGGGAAGACACUGACAUUGGAGAAACAAGCAGAGAAAACAAAUGUAGAUGCUUUAGAUUACAAACAAGACGACAUAAUGGAUUUCCAUUCAUCAAAUCUAGUUGAUAAUCACUAAUCUGUAAAAGUACAAACGUGGGCUCAAAGGUGGCAAUGACCAAUAAGAGAAUUUCCAUGAGCAAAAGCUAGUUCCUCUUCAGCAUGAAAAGAAUAAUCAAGAAAUGGCAGUGUGGAGGAUCAUCCUCAAUCAGAAAUAGAGCUGAUGUCAAGGAUCAGCAUGAUGAGUUAAAUCAAGUUUAGGAUUCAGUCCAGAGUGGAUAACACAGGGUGAGCUGAAUCCAGUCCAGUUUUACUGUAGCCUGAACUGAGGCGAAACGAUGACAUUGGAAAAUCUUCUAACUUGUGAUGUGAAAUGCAAUGAAAAGAAUGCCGCAUUUGUACUGGACAUGUGGAGUCAUAGGAGACAGUGGAAAAAAACGAUGUCAUCAACCCAAGAAUGUAAUCCAAGAACUGUCCCGGGCACUUGGCUGGCAGAUCAGUGGCAUGGCAUCAAAAAGGAGUGACAUCACGGCGACCAGAGGUCACAUACUUUGUGUUGUCGUGCUGUGGGUCGGACGUUUCUGCCCACUCUCUGGCUGCAAACUGACCAAUAAUCAGGGUCAGGAAAAUCCAAGAAAGCCUGAGGACCACUUAAGACACAUGACUCUUUAAUCCCACACUUAAUUUAUUCAUGUGUUGAUCUGACACUGUUUUUUAUUUAUUCUUUGUUUGUAUUUAUUUAUUGGGCAGCUUCGUGUAGCCUCCUGUGCACUUGCACAGUCUGGGCUAUGAUUUUUUUUUUCUUUCUCAAGGUGACUGGUAAAGAUGCUGUUGACAGUUUGUGGUGUUUAUUGCCAUCUGAUGAAAAAGAACAACUGAAGGAAGUGAGAUAAUUACGUACUAUUGGGACUACUGUGCCUUUUUUACCAAAUAGGAUGUGUUCAGACCGAAGCAUCUGGUGCUUUGAGUGAACUCGUACUGUGUUUUGAUUGUUUGCUUGUAUUUCACACAUACAAUCAUGAAGCCUAUACGUAGUCAUUUUCACACACACACACGGCAUCACCCACUCCACAGUAUCAUCAACUAUGUACUGAUUAAUAACCAGUGUCCAGCUCUGGCAUGUACAGUAAAUCUAAACUGCCUACAUCACCAGCUUUCACACACAUACAGCAGUGGCCACCGGUCAUCGUGCUGUGGUGCACCUUCCUUUGGGGAUUUUUCUUUUGCUUCAGAUCAAUAGAGGAUCAGACUGACCGGCACUUAAAGUUGGUUCUCUUAAAAAACUUGAAAAACAGUAUCUAAUAAAUGUAACCCUCUACUGCUGCUAUUUGAUAAUACCACUUGUGAUUUAGAUGUUUGAUUGGAGGCUCUCUCUCUCUCUCUUUCGGUGUGGAAAUCUGCUCACAACAAUCUUGUAGAUGGAUGAAAAUGAAUAGAAAAUAUUUAACUAAAGUAUUUUUAAAUUAUAUGAGUGGUUCAUAUGCUAUUAACAAACCCACAGAAGGAGAUGCGAGAUAUCGAUGUGUCAGACCUCCUUCAUAAAAAAGCACCACAUGUGAACACACAGCAACUGGCAGCCUCCAUGUUUCUGGAGUGUGUAAACCGUCCGCCACAGGUUCAGCAGUCAGUCAGUCAGUCUGUCUGCCUGUCUGUCUGUCCUGUCCGACUCCUUUGCUUCGUUCUGUCUUCAAAAGAAAACGACAGUACGUCGCAUCAGACACUGACUCACUGAUCUCAGACUGAGGGGGCGUCUUCCACCUAAUUUUAUACGUUUGUUGUACGACAGACAAACCAAUUGCACUUAUUUUUCAUUGUUUAUUGUAUGUUUUCUUCUGCUGACUGGUCAGAAAUAAUACGUCAUUGUUCGUUUUUCGCUGCCUUCUUCUUACACUACAAAAGCUGACUGUAGUUGCCCCCCUUGUCUCCCCUCCCCCACUCUGCUCUUACCCUCUUGUCCUUCAUCUUCCUGAAUCCCGUUAGUAUGAUUUCUUUCUAAAAAACUAAACUCCCGUUCCUCUCGCCCCCCACCCCCUCCAUCUUAACUCUGUGUUAUUCUUCUGACUACUUUUCAAUAAUGAUACUAAAGGAAAAGGUCUUUUAAUAAAUAAAUGAAAUGUUUUUUGAAAGCUGAA